ACGGCAACAUCUCUCUCCCUGUCUCUCCCUCUCUAGUCUCAUUCUCUUUCUCCUUCUGACUCUGUUUCUUCUUUCCCUGUCCAAACAGUACUUCGUUAUCGAAGAAUUUUACGAGACCCUUACGCAACGUUCAAUCCCAACGACAGUGGGGAGAAAAUUCCGUUAACCUGUUUCUCUUUAAAAAAAAAAAAACAAAAAAAAAAAAUCGAGUUGAAAACAAAGUUGGCGAUUUGUGUGUGCGGCCAGUAGAAAAACAGACGAACGACGACCGACGCACAAAAGAGACGAGAAAUGCCUCGCUGUUUCAUGCCGAAAAAGCAGCUGAAAAACCGACAAGGAUUGACGGAAAGAGCGACCGGACGUCGGUCUCCCAGUCCGUGCGUCGAUCUUCCGCCGCCGCCACCACCACCGCCGCUAUUGUCGCCACCACCAGCAUCGCUAGAGCGCGAGACCAACGGCGAUGAUGAACAAGAGACCAGCAACGUCACUACUAAAUCGGCAUCCAAUGUUUACCGUCCGCCGACGCCCGUCAAUCAUACCGGUUUCGGUGUUGAAGUCGGAUCGGUACGCAUCACAGCGUUGACCGCCGUGAAGGGCGAACCGAUGCCAGCCCGCGAAAGCGUCAUCCAUCGAGCGGUUCGCUUCGAUAGCGACGUCGAAGAAGCCACUACCGGUCUCUUGCAAUUGGCCCGGCGUACCGAUACACCCGAAUCGGGUAUCGGAAGUUGCAGCGAGGAGGAGAACUGCUACCGUCAUCACCUUGUUCACCAUCCGCACACGACGACGCCAACGACAAAUCAGCCGCCGGAAGAAACGAAUCGACCAUUGACGCCCGUCCAGCCACCAUCAAGUCCGGUAAGCCCAACAAGUCCGAACGAAGUUGUCACUAGUCCAACCAUCCGCCAGCAUCCGGUUAACCUGCACCAUCACCUGCCGCACAUUCACCACCAUCACCAUCCAAUUUAUCCGGUGGGCGAGAAACGUUACGAUCCUAACGAAUGGUACCCUCCUGUAACCAUCGAACCUGUCCAACCACCGGCCAUGCCCAUUCCCAUUUCUCACGUCUGGGAAAGAGAACGACCGGCUGACCUUUAUCGGCCGUAUUCAACGAGCGUUGAAGUGCAGCGGAGAGUCCAGCCGUUCGCGAGCGAAUUGUCCAGUUAUCAUCACUUGCAUCACCAUCAUCUCCAUCACCACCAGUUGUCGCCACAGCAGCAGGUGAGCGGAGUGAUGAUGGAUAGAGAGCCGCAAGAUUUGAGCACCGCCCACGCCAUCCUGGACUUAAGCACGGCACACAUCCGUUCCAGUCAGCAACAGCUGCAUCAUCAUCAUCACCAAGACGAAGAAGAAUCUGAGAGUCCGAUGGAAAUCACGCCGGACAGUUCCAAAACACCACCUCCAUCUCCGGCCACAAUGACGCUGGCAGAUCCUAGUCCGAUCCCUCCAGCUCUCGAGAACGAUUCGACGUCCAGUUCUUCCCACUGCAGCAGCAGCAGCAUGAACAGUUCCAUUGGCGGAGCAAGUACAGAAUCCAACGGCCACACACGGGUGAACAGCAGCAGCAGCAAAUCGACGACCAGUAAAACAGUGGCCUACACUUACGAAGCGUUCUUCGUUAGCGAUGGACGUUCUAAGAGGAGGAACAAUCCUUCAGGUCAGCAACAGGGAUCGGGCGGAAGCAACAGCAGCAAAAGCGGAGGCAACAGUAGCGACAGUGGCAUCAAUCUAGAGACGGGCGCUAAGCAUUUAGCCAGGGCCGUCUCGUCGGCUGAGAAACACGGAAGCACUCCUUCAUCUCCUACACCCAAUCCAUCUUCACGCUCCGGCCGCUACGUCUGCGGCGAAUGCGGCAAAGCCUACGCAACAUCGUCCAACUUGUCGCGUCACAAGCAGACUCACAGGAGCUUGGAAUCGGGUUGCGCUCGAACGUGCCCGACCUGCGGCAAAGCUUACGUUUCAAUGCCAGCGCUGUCGAUGCACCUUUUGACGCACGCCCUGUCACAUGUUUGCCCAGUCUGCUCUAAGGCCUUCUCUCGGCCUUGGCUCUUGCAGGGUCACAUGCGCUCGCACACUGGCGAGAAACCCUACGGCUGCGCUCACUGCGGCAAGGCUUUCGCAGACAGGUCUAACUUGCGUGCCCACAUGCAGACCCACUCGGCCACCAAGUCGCAUCAUUGCGGCAAGUGCCACAAAGCCUUUGCUCUCAAGUCCUACCUCAACAAGCACCUGGAGUCAUCCUGUUUUCGCGAUAGUCCCACACCUAGUCAUUCCGAGUCGUCGUGCGACAGCAUGGGUGCCGAUUCUCACAUGAUGUCUAUCGACACCAAAGUCACCAAUGCCGUACCAGUCACGUGAAAAUACUCGUUAGUUUAAUUUUUAAUACGUUGGCAAUAACUUAUUUUAUGCCUCUCUAUCCUCGUUUGGUGUGUGUGUUGAGUUCCCCUAUGUAAAUAUAGCGAGACAGAUAGGUGUAGCAGACAGAAAGUUUUCUGAAACGUUUAACCCUGAAAGUAAGACAAAGGGGGACUUGUCUAGAGAACGUCUACAUUAUAUAGAUAGAAGGUAAUUAGUAAUAAGCACUGAAUUUUCAACCAAAACAUCUCUGUUCCCUUUCGUGCACUCGAUAGGGAAAGUUCUUUUUCUUCUUUUCAAUUUUUCUUUUCUUUCCGUCGAAAGAGAAAAACGACAUCCAUCUGAAACAUUCCUCUUGUAUACACUCCUAAGUCGAUUAUCUCAUUGCAAGACGAUUAUGGUGAUGCUAGUCCUCACUUUUCAUUCAUUAUUAGCUUAUCGGGUUGAUGAAAUUGUCCAACGGGAAUCUUCUUCUUGCUCUUCCUUUCUUCCACCUUCUUCCACCUUUUUUCUUCGCUCCGUCUCUUUCUUUUCUAUCUCUCCCACACUUUUUUUCUGUUGUGGAUAUGAUCGAUUCUCCCUUUUUUUCGGAGGGCUGCCAUGUUUUUUUUUCCUCUUUUUUUUUCGUUUUGCAUAUUAAAAAAAGAAACAGGAUGCAGCGUUUCUCGAGCAACGAACAAAACCUAGUCUCGAUGUUCCAAAAAGGCUAAAAAAAAAUGAUGAAAAUUGUUUACUACAAAAAAGAACGAUCGUCACGUAGACUUAAUAAUGUCGAAAAAUUGAAAUGCGUUCAACAUCGGGACUCGAGUUUAUUUUAUACCGCGAAAUGUUUUCUUUUCUUCUCGCGUAACAACUGUCCUCCUAGUCCACUAUUUCCCAUUUUCUAAAGGCCCCCACAUUCCCCUCGAUGCAUAUAUAAUAACUUAUCAAUAUUGUGCCGUUAUCCUAUUGACAUAGAGUUAACCAAAAGAGACCUGUGUAAACCAAAUAAGAAGACGAUCAAGACCUUAUUCCAUCCGUUCAGGGCUCGUCGUCCCCUCGUUUGUUAGAUUUAAAAAUUCAUUUUGCAACCCCAACAAGCAAUUUUAAUUCUGGUCAGUUGUUUCCUAGAAAAAGAGACAAGUCAAACCUCACUAAAUAAUUAAUACUAGAAUGCGUUUUGUAACAAACACAACAGUCAGCUGGGCAGCGUGCUCACAUGUCGUUCAUAUGCGAAUCAAAUCAGAAAUCCUCCCCUCCAAAUGAUUAUUUAUUUAUGCGCUAUGAUAAAAAUAACGAAUAUAAUUAACAUGAUAUAUUAAAUGAAAUCUUUUUUUUUUUUUUUGCAAAUAGCGGGUCGAGAUAAGUAUCCAUAUAUUAAACCUUUAUAACACAUAUUAGACUAUCUAUUUUGUUUUCGGCCUUUUUUUGCGUGUCCGUUGCGUGAGUGUACUUCCUAGUCAGGGAAAAUAAGAUUUACCUAUUUUGCGGCUCUUUGUCUACUUAAAACCGACUGCGCAACCAACACGCAUCAUCUCCUAAAGUAUUACGUCAAACAGAAUGCGCGAGUAAAGAACAGAGAACUCGAUUUCGAGUGACAUGUUUUGUCCCCGCUUUCUUGUGUUGUUCUAUAACUCCGCAGGGAUUGAGUUUGGUUGAUUGCCAGUUUGUGCAUACAGCGCGCAAUAAUUUUACUCUCCCCACACAUUGUUUAUUUUGUCGACAGUCAAUAAUUAUACUUGUCCUCUAUGCCCUUCCCUCCUAUCCCCCCCCCCCAUUUUUGUUCUUCUUGUGUCUUGUUCUUCCUACUCCAUUCAAUGGCAAUAAUGAAAACCAUUGGUGUAAUGGAAAGCUAGUCGUACCAAAGAUACAUGCUGGCAGCUAUAUUCUUUUAUGUCUUUCUGUCCUUCUUAAAUGUUUACGACGCGUCCUGUCUGUGACGCGUCUAGCGGACGAGUCUCAUCAUCUCGUGUCUCAUUUGAAUCGAUCUGCAUGCAAUACCUCCUCUAAUGGUGAUCCAGUUUGAUCUCUCUUUUGUGCUUCAUUCGUAAUGAAAUUAUCUCCUGUUGCUGGAAUCGCUUGUCACGUCUUUCCCUCCCCUUCCAAUUAAAAACAAAAACAAUUCAGCUUUCAAAACCGAUCUCUCGUGGGUACGUUUCUCGUAAACCCCUCACCAACUGUCAGAGCCACACAUUUAUUGAAAAAUCGUGCGUGUGUGCAGUUCGUAUCAUGUGAUGAAAUUACUGUUGUACUUUCGCUGUCCUCUUCAAUUCGAUUUCAAUUGCGCAUGUUUGUCCGUUGAUGAAAAUAUGUUGUCUAUGACUUUUGAAUUCGCUCUUCAUUUGGCGCAAUGGAUUUCAGCUCCUUUCUUUUUUCUUUCAAUGUUAUACUUUAAUUCGGUUACAAGCUGAAAUCUAUAAUACAGUCGCCGGGAGCCAUUCGAACAGCAAUAAUACUUUGGUAGUGUAGGGAUUCAACCGGAAUGGGCCAGCCACCCCCCCAAAAAAAACAAGAUUAGAAAGAAAAGAAAAAUGUAAUGAAACAAAUGUGCUGGCCUGAUGAUGGGAAUACCCCUUUUUUUUAGAAACGAUAAACACUUGAACGAAAUAAAAAUAAUUGUGUGCAAAUACCUAAAAUUGCGAUAUACUCUGAAUGCAAAAAAAGAAAACGAAUAAACUAAAAAGACCUAUCGAAUAUGGUCAAAACCACACUUUUGGUUCAUAUGCAUGGCGUAGUGUCUGCUGAACGCCCCAAUAUCAAUGGCCUAGCAAAACCUUUUUGCUUUUUAUUUUUGGUUCUCUGUUUGGCCAGAGCUAUGCGGAAGCGUUUCUUAAAAGGCCUAUGCCGACCUUUUCUCUAAUCACUUGAACGAGUCGUCUUUUAGAAUAUUUUGAACUCUUUAACCCUCGUGUGACAUUGUCUCCCAUUUCAUGCUGUUUCAUCGAACGCCCUUUUUACUUUUGAUUUCAUGGAAUUAUGUGCGUAUAACUCUGCCGCCUGCAAUCUUUCAUCCUCUGCCCGACUUUUGUUGGCCUAUUAUUCUGACUUGUUUUGGUUCCACGUCAUCACGACUUUGCGUAACCCGCCGAUUCAUACAACACCCUCCCCACAGGAUCGCAUUUGUUUUUCUUCGUUCAUUAUUUUCGAUUCUUGUUUUUGUAUGCGGAUUUGUUUGAGUCACGGAAACAUCGCACAUUCCACAUCGAUCGUACUGUUCAUUCCAAGAAAGACACUUUUCAAAAUAAAUCGAAGAAAAUCGAAGAAUCCCAAUUCAUUUUGUCGUGCUGUGUACAUAUGAAAACAUUGUCAGUUUGAAGUACUAUUAUUAUACAUAAUGCUCAAAUUA